AAUCAAUCAAUCAUCAAUACAAAACACUGUUAUCUCGUGUUGUAGAAAAAUUGACUGACUUUGAACACAUUAAUAACUACUACCACCGUGUCACCGUCCAUUGACAUAAACCCCAACAUGUUCCACAACCAACCACCAUUUCUCAAACUCAAUAAACUUCUUCUAUGCUCUCACACACAUUACGUACACGAAAAAACCACCAUCUAUUAUCACAUCAAUCCACCCCUUCUUUUCCUCCAAAUUACACAAAUUGCCACUACCUUCUUUCUUCUUCUUCUUCUUCUUCAUCGCUACUUCUUUCUACUUCUAGUACUUUCUACCGCUACUCACACUCACACACACGUGUGAAGAAACAUGAACUCUCUUCAAUUCCGUUACGUUCUCUCUCCACACUCCACAAACCACCCCCAAUUUUCCCGCACUUUCCCGCCUAACUACAAAUUUCCUCCAAAUUUUCGGUUUCUUUCUUUGUCAGGGAUCAAUGGAAGAACAAGUAGAAGAAGAAUAAGAAAGAAGCACGGUUUCUCGAUUUGUUGUUCUUCGAAAACUGAUUCUUCUCAGAUUGAGAAGAGUUUUAUUGAGAAAAACGAUGAACGGCCUCCGUUUGAUAUUAACCUUGCUGUUAUUCUUGCUGGUUUCGCCUUUGAAGCUUACACAACUCCUCCUGAAAACUUGGGUAGGCGUGAAGUCGAUGCUGCUGGUAGCAAGACAGUCUAUCUUUCUGAGGAAUUUUUUCGUGAAAUUUAUGAUGGGCAGCUCUUUAUAAAGUUGAAAAAAGGAUCCAGCUUCCCUGCCAUGGAUCCAUGGGGAACAAGUGAUCCAUAUGUGGUCAUGCAGAUAGAUUCUCAGUCUGCUAAAAGCAAUAUCAAAUGGGGGACAAAAGAGCCAACAUGGAAUGAGGAGUUUACUUUAAAUAUUAAGCGGUCCCCAACCAGACAUCUACAGGUUGCAGCUUGGGAUGCCAACCUUGUAACCCCUCACAAACGCAUGGGCAAUGCAGUUGUUGAUUUGGAAUGGCUUUGUGACGGAGAUACACAUGAAAUACUGGUGGAGUUGGAAGGAAUGGGUGGUGGUGGAGAGGUUUGGCUGGAGGUUAAAUAUAAGACCUUUGAUGAAAUUGAAGAUGAGAAAAAGUGGUGGAAGAUACCUUUUGUUUCAGACUUUCUAAAGAAGAAUGGUUUUGAUUCUGCACUCAGAAAGGUUAUUGGUUCUGAUACAGUACAAGUUAGCCAAUUUGUGGAAUAUGCAUUUGGGCAGUUAAAGUCAUUUAACAAUGAGAAGGGUCAGAUGUCUGAUACUGAUAGCGAUAACUAUGAUAUUGAAAGUUCUGUGCAAUCAAAUGAAUCUGCUUCACAUGAGGCUGGUAGUUCAGAAGUUUCUGGUGAAGAAAAAAACAUGGAAGAGUUUUCCUCAGGUGGCAGUGAAAUUGAAAAUGGAUACACUUUGGAAUCAUCAACACAAGCUAGUGAGGAAGAGCUGUCAAAUCAACGUUUUUGGAAGAAUUUUUCUAAUGUUAUCAAUGCUAACAUUGUUCAAAAGCUGGGUCUUUCUGUUCCUGAGAAAUUAAAGUGGGAUGGACUGGGGUUUCUAAACAAAAUUGGCUUGCAAUCCCAAGAUAUUGCAGAAGAUAUUUAUAUUCAAUCUGGUCUUGUGAUGCCUGAAAGCACAGAAGAAUCAGUCAAUAAAACAAGUGGUCAACCUGCCAUUGCUGCAAUUCAGUCUUCACUUCCAGAGGUCAAAAAGACAACAGAGAAAUUGAUGAAGCAGACUGAAUCAAUUUUAGGAGGUUUAAUGCUUUUGACUGCAACAGUUUCCAAAAUGAAAGAUGAAGGACGCUCUUCUGAAGAGAGGAAAACUAGAGAAGAUUCUAGCAAAGGAGUAGGCAGUGACAUUCAAUAUUCUACUCGUGAGAAGACUCCUAUCCCGGAAAACGGAUCAUUGUUGGUUGAUAAAAAAACUGAAGAAAUGAAAGCACUUUUUUCAACUGCUGAAAGUGCCAUGGAGGCUUGGACAAUGCUGGCCACUUCACUAGGUCAACCUAGCUUCAUUAAGUCCGAGUUCGAAAAGAUAUGUUUUGUAGAUAAUGCAUCCACCGACACACAGGUUGCAAUUUGGCGUGAUUCUGUGCGAAGAAGGUUGGUGAUUGCAUUUAGGGGAACAGAACAGACACAAUGGAAGGACUUAAUAACAGAUCUAAUGCUUGUUCCAGCCGGGUUAAAUCCUGAAAGGAUAGGUGGAGAUUUCAAGCAAGAGGUUCAAGUUCACAGUGGCUUUCUAGGUGCAUAUGAUUCAGUAAGGACCAGGAUCAUUUCUCUGAUUCGACUUGCAAUUGGUUGUGUAGAUGAUCAUUCCGAGUUCAUCCACAAAUGGCAUGUUUAUGUGACUGGUCAUAGUUUGGGUGGUGCACUGGCUACCUUACUUGCUCUUGAACUUUCAUCAAAUCAAUUAGCCAAGCGGGGAGCAAUUUCUAUCACUAUGUAUAAUUUUGGUUCUCCUAGGGUUGGUAACAAAAGAUUUGCAGAUGUUUACAAUGAGAAAGUUAAAGAUAGCUGGCGAGUUGUGAAUCACAGGGAUAUCAUACCUACAAUACCCCGGUUAAUGGGUUAUUGUCAUGUCAAUCAACCUGUAUUUCUUGCUGCGGGCGUUCCAACAAAUUCACUAGAGAAUAAAGAUAUUUUGGGCGAUGGUUACGAAGGUGAUGUUCUUGGGGAAUCCACACCAGAUGUUAUAGUCAAUGAAGUUAUGAAGGGUGAGAUGGAACUUAUUGAGAAGUUGUUACAAACUGAAAUUAAUAUAUUCCGCUCAAUCAGAGAUGGAAGUGCUUACAUGCAGCAUAUGGAGGAUUUCUAUUACAUCACAUUACUAGAGCAUGUAAGAUCAAAUUACCAAGUUGCCUCAAGGUCAGAACAAGAUGUAAAUAACAGCUUAUCCUGAGCCAACAAGGGUUCAUGCUGGCAAGGCCAGACAGUUGAUGUCCAUGCACAACUAGACAUAUACUACAUACAUACACACUGGAAAAAUGAUAUUGGAGAAAAGCAUAUAUAUAUUUCAGAUCACCUGCAGCCAAAUCUUUUCUGGUAUGGUAGGAUCUACUUAAGAAGUGUCCACAUUUAGUGUCCAAUUGUCUCGAAUUGAAUUUAUCUUCAUUGGACGGCCACAGUUGCAACUUGCAAUGCCAAGUACUAAACUGGAAAAUGGAUUGUCAAACUGUCAAGAUGCAGUUAUCUUUAGGUAACGGUUACGAUACAGAAAGAAAAAUGCUAGCAAAACAUUUUUAACACAAUUUUUCUUAAAAACACUCUUAUGAAUGAGGGGAAUUAAUUAAUGAAUUUUACCCAAUUAUGGAGUGGUUUGAAAUUUUGUUGGCAUGAUAUAACAAAUCAAAUCUAAGCAUCACCUUAGUGUGUCUCAGGUUUCCUGUCUAAAAUUAGUGCAAUGCAUUCCUAAGGAUCUCGUAGAUUUCCUAUAUUCAUUUUUUUUUUCUUUCUGAUUAUCUGUUCAAUUCAAAGUAAUUGUUUCCAUAACUUUGUAAGGAAGAAUUAAAGAUAAUAUAAUUUGAUAUUUAUUAUUUUCCUCA